AUGCGCAGAGAAACCCACGUCGUUGUGAUUGACUCAGGCUGCAUGAAACCCCCAGGGGAAUUUCCGCAGCUUGCCGGGUAUGAAGACCUGGUCAGGGGCGGGACAGUGUGCCAUGAUGAGAACGGACACGGGACUGAGAUUGUCAGCCUCAUAACGAGCCUUUCUCCUACCAUCAAAGUGCAAGUAAAAUGCAUAGGAGAUCGAGACACCGACCUUGAAGUGGGAGGUCAGUUGAUAGCUGAUGCAAUCCGACGGGCCGCUGAGGACCCUAAGAACGACAUUAUUUGCAUGGCGUUUUACUUAUCAGAAGAUGAUCGAAUCAGUCGGGCUAUAGACGAGGCUGUCAGACGCCGGAACGGACACAUUCUGUUUAUUGCAGCGGCGACCGCGGCGAGGUGCUCGGAGGUCAGGUUUCCUGCCAGUCAUCGAUAUGUGAUAGCCGCCCGACCGCUAGAUCUAAGAGGAUCGCUUUGGUCAGAUCGACCGCUGGUCCGCAAGUCGCCAAGCGAGAUAGUGAUCGCGACACUAGGCGAGUGCGUGCCAGUCGCAUCGCUUGGACAUCCCGCCCAGAUCAAGGGCUAUAGGUCCGGCUCGUCAAUAGCAGCCGCCAUCCUCGUCGUCAUUGCGGCCACCUCAUUGGAGUGUGUCGAUUCAGGUAGCGAGCUGGAAAGAAAGGAGGGGAUGGAAGCUGCACUGAAAGGUCUAGCUGAAGCAUGGAGGGAGGAGGCUGGGAUUGAGGAACCGCCGACGAGCUUGUUGAUGGUGUGGGAUGCAGCUGAGUGA